CGGUCUAUAAAUCCUAGACCCCAAUACCAAAGCUUUUUCCAUCUGAAAAAAAAAACAGGUUUUCUUUUAAGAUAACACCCAAAAAUGUGUGGAGGUGCAAUUAUUUCCGAUUUCGUCGCCCCCAAAUAUGACCGGCAAUUGACCGGCGAUGACCUUUGGUCUGAACUUGACAUAUUCUCCGACCUCCUAGGUUUCGACAACAAUGGCAAAAGCUUUGUCAAUCAUCAGUUUCAUAACAACAACAACAACAAGAAGCUCAUUAAUCCAAAAGACAAUCAACUUAACAAAGAGAGAAGCGAGACGAUUCAGAAGACAAGCCAAGUCACUAAAAAGGUUGAAAAGACUCAGCGAACUCGGAAAAACUUUUACAGAGGAAUAAGACAAAGACCAUGGGGCAAAUGGGCGGCUGAGAUUAGAGACCCUCAAAAAGGCGUCCGAGUUUGGCUCGGUACCUAUAACACAGCCGAAGAAGCGGCUCGAGCCUACGAUGAAGCCGCCAAGCGUAUCCGUGGUGAUAAAGCCAAGCUCAACUUCCCUCAAACGCCCACCAAAAAUCAAGCAGCUUCACCAGCUCUUACUCUGCUUCCUCCUGCUAAGAAAAGGUGCAUCGUUCCCGAGUUAACUCAACCGAGUUUCCAGACUGACUCACCACCUUAUCCUAUGGGUCUUGGGUAUGGAAGAAGUGAAGAUUAUAAGCCGAUUGAAGUGGUGGAGAGUGAGUUGGAGUUGAAAGAACAAAUCUGGAGCCUGGAAUCAUUCCUGGGCUUGGAGACUAACCAUGAGACUAUGACUCAGCUGAGUGGUAACGGUGGGACUGACUCACUGGAGCUUUGGACACUUGAUGACCUCGUAACUCAGUAUAAGCAACGGCGCUAACAUGUUCAUUAGUGGGGGCGAAAAUUAAAUAAUAGUUAGCGUUAAUCAAUGUUUUUGUGUUACUUAGGGUUUUUUUAUUUAUGCUAUCAUGCAUUAUAUAUAUAUAUAUGAGAAUAAAGGAUUAACGCUUUGCUCUUGCAUGGAUUAGUUAGCGUUAAUCAAUGUUUGUGUGUUAAUUAGGGUUUAUUAUUAUGUUGUUAUAUAUGUAUAUGCUUAUGACUUUCAUGUUUGUAUCAAUCCAUUAGUUGCAUUAUAUAUAUAAGAAUAAAGGAUUUAACA